AUGGGUCGCAAGCCAAACACGCUUAUCACCGAGUUCUUCCACCGUGGUGAGAAGCUGCCUGACUCCAGCAACCGGUAUGAGCAUACGUGUAAGCUCUGCGGGGAGAAGUUCUUAAAGGGCCGUCCAGAUACUCUGAUUAACCAUAUCACGAAGAUAUGCCCGGCAAUCUCCACGGCGGACAGGGAUCGGGUCGCAUUCUUGUCUGGCGCGGCCGCGAACCGGUAUCGAGAUAAAGGUGCUAUACGCCAUGGCCAGCCUGCUCCCAGCUCGAGCGCCGCAGCAAUGGCCGACCCAGCUCGUGGGAAACGCGCUGCAAACUUCCAGAAUGGUCCCAGCCUAAAUGGCCUCAAUGUACUUGCUGAGGCGUCAAGGAGAGUCGGUGCCUCGAAUGAAGGCCAAAUACAGGAUCGAAUACUAGAACUCAGUGCUGCUGAUCGCGACAUGGUGGUUGAUCCUGCGCUCGAGACUUCAUCUAAGUUCAGUCUUGAAGCUGAAUUGCACGCUCAGUUUAUCCACACAUCGUCGCCCACUGCCCCUUUCUUUUCGACGUCUUCCGUAGAUGCUACAUCACCCCUUCCAAUGCCUGCCGUGCAUGCUCUGCUCCCCGUGGACACACCCGCAGAUCCUCAUUCGUCUCAGCUUUCAUUAAUUGCAGCAUCCGCAAACGAAAUGGUGACCGAGGACCCGUCUAGCAAUCUAGAGUCAGCGGCCAUGUGCCACCAAAAGUCCGAUGCGUGGCAGCUUCCAUCCCACACCGCACCGCCGCAGGCCUCCAUUGGCCUUUCGCCUACCAUUGAAUUGCCAACUGCAGACGAAAUGAUGAUUCAAAAUCAUAUUACUGCUGAGUUGGGUAUUCCUCAUACAUCGAAUGAACGCCCCGGAGUUUACCUUCGGCCUCUUACUACGAACUCCGAAGUUCAGCAGUCCAAUGGUGAUUUCUUCUGUGAGGUGGUUGACACCAAGAAGUCAAACAAAAAGCGGUCGACUUUCUCUGAAGAGAGGAGGAAAGAAGUGAGAGUAGUCAGGAAGAUGGGGGCCUGUCUUCGAUGUCGGAUGCUGAAGAAAACGUGCUCAGCUGGAACACCUUGUGGUCAGUGCCGGAAUCUUCAGAAUCCGCGCGUUUGGAUGGAAUGCUGCAUCAGAACUCGCCUUAUGAACCAAUUAGAGUCAUAUUCAAUUGGACUCCAUUCAACAAUGGCCUUUCAUGAUGUUCAAAGUAUCAAGGGUGAGAUACAGUUCGAACCCUCAGCCGGUCGAAUCGAGGUCAUGCACUUCGAACUAGACUCGCUAAGCUUUCUGACAUUCUCUGCCUUAUAUGGUCAACGACAAGCCGGCCAAGGAAUUGAUAACCAAUUACCUACCUCUUCCGCUGAUUCUAUACUGGAAGGGCCGCCGCAUUAUGUGCAUAUUCUAGAUGGCGAGAUAGAGGAGCUGAGUGGCAAGCUUGACAUGUAUAUCCGCAAGACAUCUAGCUUGUUCAUUGAGAGUGAGCAAUCUGAUUUCAUCAGACAGACACUUCUCCAAGCAUCGGAACUUUCCAAACAACACGAGGAUGAUAUGCUAGAAGCAGCAUUGGAGUUAUGGGUAGCUACUGCGAUAUUAGUAGAUCCGUUUCUCAAAUGGACGGUCUAUAUGAACCCUACUCUGCCCCCACUGGCAAAUAGGCCGCUAACAUCAACCACAAAUGAGUCGCGGAUUCCGAUACACAGUAUGAACCAAUUGGAGUCAUACUCUCUAAUAUGCACACAAUUACGCUCUGCCGUCGAAAAAAGAGCAGCGAGAGUGUGUAGGGUCUUGCUCAGUAAAUUUGAACAAAGGCUGCUUCAGAAGCAGCGGCUUGGUAGUUUCCGGACUUUCCUGGCCACUAUUAUCCUGCUCAAUUGUGUUGAACGGAUGGAGUGGCUAUUUAGAUCAUGGGAAUGCGAGCAUUACAUCCAGCGGUGGCCGCUGGAACGACAGCCUUCGUGCUUUGCCUCCCAGAUCGAAACGUUCUCUGGUGUGGUCUCUCAGCAUCUGAAGAUGAGAUCAUUGGCUCCGGCCUUUGUGGUCUCUCCUACAGGCGCCAUCAGAGCGAGGGAUAGCAGCGAUAAGGAUAUCUGUCGUUGGUUCGAUUGUGUUGGUGUUGACUAUCAAUACUUACAUGCUCGCCAAGCAGCUGAUUUCGACGCCAAUGAUUCUCGUUCCCUUGAUCUCAAAUACUCGUCGAUGGUGGUUCUCUCCGCCAAAUUUUCGAAUGAGUAA